GCAGAACGCUUGCCCAUUCUUUCAAAAAAAGUAGCGCGGUAACCAACUGUCAGAAAUGUAUGCAUUUUCAUAGGUAUUUAUUUGAAUAUUGCUAGUCUUGUAUGAAUUUAAUUGUCUGUGUUAUUGUAUACUCCUUUUUAUUCUGUAAAUUGGCGUGUCAUUAUAACCAUUUAAUGGUAUAUCUCGACCAAGAUAAUAUUUCAUUACGUUCCAUCACAUUACGUUACGUACCGUUACAUUAAGUUACGUUACUUUACACUACAUAACGUAACGUUACCGGUUACAUUACAUUACAUUACAUUAUUCACAGAUAAGAAUACUUUGCCAAUCGCAUCAUCUUGGGAUAGUCCGGCAUUCUACAGGCUGAGUCAUAACGUGUAAUGACAGUAGACAGACGAGCAGAUUCCCCUUUAUGGUAGCACAGUUAGAGCAAAUAAGGUAAACCGAAACUUCAAAACCGAUGCUAGUUCUAUGGACCGAGACACCGAGUCAUGGAUUUUGCAGACGAACAUUUUGUACUUGCACACCUGCAGAUUCUUAGGAAAUGUAUGCAGGAAAAAAACCUGAAGCCAUUCUCCUAGUGUACCUAUAAACCACCAACAUUUUUGGUGAAAUUUACAGCGAUUUGAAGAUUUUUGUUGCAACAACAGAAAAUUAGACGCUUAUGAUUAAAAUAGUGUGCAUACUUACCCUCAGUAGACGUGUGCUCAGGCACCUUCCCUCUGUUAAAUCACAUAUACGUGACUUUUCUUUAUUCCUUUCAAGCAAAGGGGUCAUAGGACAUAGGACAUGCUGACAUUGUUUUUUGUGCUCAAUAACCUGAAAAGUCUCAUCGAAAGAGAAGAUUCGCGACUUGAAAGUUACCAUCGUAAGGAUCUUGGAUUUUUCCGUUGCUGUUCUCUUUGUACGUACAGGCCUCUGACCGAUCUUCGCAUUCCAUUCGCAUUUGGGUUUCUCUGUUUACUCCUGUUGAUUCACGUACCUACGCGUUGUGCUGAUCGGUGAACCCUGUGGGUAAGAGGCUCAUGGUUCCUCCUCUCGCAGGUUCUCAAGGUUCGAGGGAACGUUCCGAACAAUGCGCUUGGACCUUGGUGUUCGUAAUCCAUGUCUUCCCAUGGAUCUCAAAACCUUCCGACGGGAGAAACCAGAGACUUGGAGAAACAGCUUUCAUAUGCCCUUUCACCUUUUGCCUACGAAAAUUGAAUAACCAAACUCAUAAAUAUGUCAUAUAACUCCAUAUCUUUGCUUUGCACACAAGGGAGCACUAAUACGAGUUGUACCAUUACCACCUGUAGGGAAUGGUUGUACCUUCUAAAAUAAAUUUCAGCUAGUGUCAUGAUGUCUACGAAUUUUGUUUUUAUUAGAAACAAUUUUACAAUUUUAUACCUGCCUACAGAGAGAUACUUAAAAAAACGUAUGUAAUAUAAAAUGGGAGACAAGAAAAAGCAAGCAGACGACGACGACAGAGACUAUAGAGUUGAAUUCCUGUUCAAUUACUUGUCAAAAUCAUGGAAACUAAAAACCGAUAAAUGGAAUAAGAUGUGGGGAACGGAUGAAUACGCCAGAAUAAUUCUAAACUUCUUCAAUAAAGCCGAUGCGCCCAGGCUCAUAAUGAUGACCAAUCUCGGCGGCCAAUUGGUUCCCGUUACCGAUUUUCCCUCAAAUUUGAAGACGAAGUGUUCGUACUUUAUCCGAAAAAAGAACGCCGUUAUUACUGCGACAAAUAUCAGGGAGGUACUUUUUAUGGGCGACAAAUCCCCAAAGCCGAUUGAAGAACUGUCGGCUUUGGUUGAACACGGUUUACUACCCUUUAUCAGUAAUCCGGAUAAUCGGGCACAAUGGCCAUCUGAAGUUGUGGAAGAUAUGAUCAAACAUGUCUACGCCUUCAAAAAUAAGCUUAUUCAGAUUAAAGGAGCUAUACGUGGACAAACUGUGCUGCCUAUGCCGCCCGGAAUUGACAAGAUUUAUGACGCUUCACUGCAGUUUAGAGAAUCGGGCGGCGCGGAAGUAGAUUUGGGGUUAAAAUCCUCAAUCGAAGGAAGCGUACUUCAGUGGACUUCUUUGUGCAAUGAUGUCCUGCAGCAAACGUCGGAGGAAGCACUCGCGCACGGAGAAAAUCCCACGCCUAUUGCGGAAUUUAACUUUUGGAACAGCAGAUUGAAAAACUUGGAGAGUAUUUUCGAUCAGUUCCGAGACCCAAGAGUGAAAAAGAUGAUCCUUUAUUUAGAACUGACCAACAGCUCAUAUUUAUCGUGUUUUAAAUGUAUAUUUCAAGACGUUGUAGCGGCGAUUCUUGAGGCAAAGGAUAUAUGUAUGUACCUCAAGGCCGUAAGACCUCACAUUGAAAAGUUGGAUGAAAGCGAAUUUCUGGAAACGAGACCUUUUAUUAAACCUCUAGUGCACUGCUUAGGGCUACUCUGGGGGAACUCUCAAUACUACUGCACGAGUGCUCGAAUGGUAACAUUACUAAAAGAAAUUGCAAAUCAAAUUAUUAUUGCUGCUUCGACACAACUGGAUCCGGGGUCGAUAUUCCAAGUCGAACCCGAAGAUAUGCUCAUAAAGGUCGACAAAUGCAUAAACCUGAUCGAAUUCUUCCACUCAUGUUUCCACGCAGUCCGUGAAAAUGUAGCCUCUUAUUUUCGAAAAGCCGAAUUACAACCUAAACCGUGGACUUUUCAUCCAAGGACUGUAUUCCAACACUUGAUGGACUUUACCGAACGAUUGCGGCUCGUACGAUCUAUUAUCGCCACAAAUAUAGAAUUUCAGAAAUUAGAAAAGGUUGAAAUUGGUGGUAUCAAAGGUCGCGUUCUUUCGAAACAAUGCGAAGAAAUUUUUGAAGAAUUUACCAGAGUUUAUGUUCAUUUCGUGCAAAUUACUUAUGACUUUUUAGAUCCUGCGAACAACCAAAUAGUCGCCGACAAUGAAAGAUUCAUGGAGAAGUGUCAGGAUUUUGACUCGCGUUUGGCUUGUAUAUUCAUACAGGUCUUUGAUGAAUGUUACAACAUGGAAAGCAUUUUCAAAUUUAUCAACAUAUCUGGUACGCUAUUGGACCGGCCCGCUAUAAGGAACGCGAUAAUUGGAAAGUAUGCCUUUUUAAUACAAUACUUUUCCGAAGAAGUGGACAUGGUGAAAGUUCUAUUUGACGAAGGCAAAAAGAAUGGUAUACCAAUAAAUCUGAAUUUCCCUCCAGUGGCCGGUAUUUUGUGGUGGUUGUACAAACUGAAGCAAAGGAUACUCAAACCUGGCGAAGAUUUUAAAUUGUUGGAAAACAAAAUCGUCGAAAGCCCCGACGCUCUAUAUGCGUUCUCUAAAUGGGAGCAGAUGUUACUUCUCAUAGACGAUGAAUUCUCAAAAGUGCUAUCCGAAUGGAUGGAUCGUGCACCAGGCCAAAUCUCAACAAGUUUAAGCAAACUUCGCAUAGUUCGAAAUGGAGAAUUAAUUUCGUUAAACCUUGACGAUGAAUUAGUUGCGAUUUUACGUGAAGUUAAGUAUAUGAAAAUGUUAGAUAUCACCGAUUUUGCGCCGGACAUUGAAGAGCUAUUCCAGCGAAAUGAAGAAUUGUUCCAAAGCUGUCAGCAACUGAACACAAUCGUGGAAUAUUACAAUCACCUCAAGACGAAUACUUUGCCUGAAGAAUAUGCGUUAUUCAAAGACGAAAUGGAUCAGAUAAAUGUUCAAUUGAACGUUUUAAUCGAUUCGAUUGAUUGGACAGUAAACAGUGAUGAGUUUGUGAAGAACCUAUACGAUAACAUAAAGCAGCUGUAUGACCGUGUCCUCGCAGCGCAAAAGAACAUUGGUAGUAUUAUUGCAGAAAUUCAGAGUUGGGGAAAGGAACCGCUCUACGAACGUAAAGAAGGCUUGUGCAAGAACACCUUACAAUUAGAUGACAGACUUGAGCGGCUAAACAAGCGUUAUGGGCAAAUAAGCGCAACCUCACGUAAUGCUGUGUUUGCCCUCCAACUUAACUACAAGCUGUUUUUUAACAUUGAAGAUGAACCUGAGGAGAUAGAAGAAGUUCAAGAAGAAGUUCUGGUGGAGGAACCUAAAGAACCUCCCGGCAAAAAAGGCGCCAAACCUGAACCGAAAAAGGACAAGAGAACAUCAGAAAUUAAACCGCACGAGUCCAAAGAACAAGAAGCCAAACGCCUAAAAGAAGAGGCAAAAGAAGAACUGCGCCAAAGCAGGGAGUUGCUAUGGAGGCCUUACGAAAUGCACGUUGAUAACUUAAUCCUAAACGUAAUGUUAAAUGCAAUUAAAACCAGCGUAAACUACUUGGAAGAGGAGUCAUCGACUGUCAAGAACCCAAACUUAUUUCCUUUAUUCGAACUUCUACUGGAAAUUCACGACGACGAAGUCGUGUAUGUUCCUUCUAUUGAUCCUGACGAUAUUUCCGGUUUUUUGAAUCUGGUAAGGUCACUUAUUGAGGAUAUGUACUGUAUGGCAAAAUGCAUGGCGAGAAUUGAUAAAACGAACGAGGACCCUGAUUACCUUAACGACGCGCUUGCUUGUGCGGAUAUUAAAGACACAAAUCUACAAUUCAUAGCGCGCGUGAAAAGCGGCAUGGAAGCGGCCGAAGAAUAUUUAGGUAUUUUUGACGAUUACGCUUAUUUAUGGCAGGACGAUCGGCGGGAGUACUUGCAAUAUUUUUUGCGAUUUUCCAGAAUGCUAUCGUAUGAAGAGAUCGAAAUGCUUAAGGAGGAUGAAACGGCGAUCAAAGAAAGACCCCCAACAACCGUUCAAUUUAAAGAACAAAUUGAUGUGUACGACGCGUUGUAUAAGACGAUUCACAGUUUCGAUUCAGAAAGGAUUAUAUCUGGGUGGUUACGAAUCGAUGUUAGACCUUUGCGGCAGGCGGUCUUGAAUAUAAUUUGCAAAUGGGGCAGUAUGUUUAAACAGCAUCUUUUUGAGCACGUUAUCAGUAGUUUGAGCGAGUUGGAUUCGUUUGUGGCUGAAGCCAUCGCUGCAUUGCAAGUGGAGCUCUCGGAAGAUGAUUAUGAAGGUCUUCUAUCGGUAAUGGGAUAUUUGGUUAAGAUUAGGGACCGACAGACGGCGACCGACGGAAUGUUCCAGCCAAUAAAAGAAAUUAUGGAGUUACUUAAGGAAUAUGGCGUAGAGUUUUCUGAAGAAAUAUACAUUCAGUUACAGGAGUUACCGGAUAAAUGGAACCAAUGUAAAAAAGUAAGUAGAAUUAAUUGA